GUAACCCACCCACUUUUUCAGUAGUAUCUCAAUAGCAAGUAAACUAGAAGAGAGCUUAGAGCAACUAACACGGACACGAACCAGUACCUCACUUUGCUUCUUCAUCUAGGAGUUGCGUCGGCCACAAACAACAAAAACAACGAAACAGAAUUCAAAUCAACGAGCGAUUUCUACCGGAAGAAGCACUUGAAUGCCUUAAACCUUGCACUUGCGAGCUCUAUUGCUGAUAUUCUUGAGCUGGAAACGAAAGAAGAUAUGUACGAUAAAGGGGAAGAAAUCCUCCUCGAGUUUUUGCACGCCCUUUCAGAGACACGGAUGGCUGCGUUGAUUGCUUGGGCAGCAUCCCGAAAAAACAACAGGAUACUGGAGCUGCAAUUACAAGGAAAUGUCGUGGAAUCCCUGUAUGAAGAAUUCAAAACAAUUUCCCCUGAGGUUGCAACGACUCAGGAGGAUAAGCUCGACGCCGGAAGGAGUGAUGUUACAAUUACGACGGAGAAAUGCAUGCUGGUACUAGAGCUCAAAAAGAAGGACAACGCCACGGGGCCUACAGCCCAUGAAUGGGAAGCGUAUCAUGCUCAACUAAGGAAAUACGUCGAGGAACAUAGAAGCAGGACCGAUCCCAGCAAGUGGGUGGCUGGAUUUGUUCUUGUUAUGUACAACGGAGGGAAAAACUACUCUGUUAAAAAGUUAGCCGAUGAUGCGUGAGCCGUCUAUUAUACAUCUUUUCUGGUGGCAUUUGUUAUGCUUAUUAUGAGUUACUAGCUAGUACUUGCACUGUGUACCGGUACGGCGUCCUGGCCUACCCAAUUUUGACAAAGGAGGUUGUGCUUGUGUGCUUUCGUUCUAUCCAUUUCUCGUUGUCUUCCAUUGAAGACCCUAGUGGUGUGUACUGGGGCCGCUCAACAAGCAGCAAAUCCUUGUCCUCCUUGACAAAGUCGAUGUGACUGUGAGCCAGCGGCCACCACGUCUCAAAGCUUUCCCUCGCGGCUUGUUGCUGCACCUCCGUCUCCAAGUUCAAGACAGCUUCCUCAAACUGGCUUCGGACACUCUCCAAUUCUUUUUGAAGCAAGGUCGGUGUCAUUUCAUGUCCAAACAAAUGGGCAAAUGCUCUGUAGGUGUUGAAUGACUCCUCUGCAACAUCUUCUUCGUAAUCUCUGGCGUCCAUUGCGAGUGCCAUUACCUUAAAGAUAGCGUCGAGCGUUGUGUGCAAGCCGUGGUUUCUUUCAAACUCGGAAUACAUUCCAAUCCAAGACACCAUUGUAGUAAUCAGGAUUCGAAUGUCGUUGGAGCGGUACAUCAAAAUCUUCCGAACGGUUGCCAAGUCUACGACCUGUUCACUGUGGAGGAUCGAUGUCUCCAGUUGAAAGUAGGUGGGGAUUGAACUCUCGAAGAAUCGGUUUUGUGUGGACACUACCAACCAAGUCUUCUAACCUGGAGUUGAACUCAUGCAACAAAUCACUGCGAGUUGAAACCGAAACCGUGUCAGGAUAGCUGUUGGCACAAGUAGUGUGCGAUCGUGGACAUAUGCCGUACGGUGCCUCAACGACUUAUCCGAUGUCCCAAGGAACGUGAAACCUCUGGCCUUCUUCAACAACCUUAUCCAUGAGAUAUAUGAUCCUUUCCAUGUCUUCGAGUGGCUGUUGCAAUGCGAUGACGCUGUCCAUUUCGCUUGGACGAACACUGAUUGGAAAAGAGCUUGAAGGCGUCUUCGGUGAUCUCGGCUGUCUUUCCAAUGGACCUUUUCAUCAACUUGUCCGUCAGGAAGGAUGCAUCAACUGAUUCUUUUCUGCCGUCGCAAUCGUUCAAGUCUCAGUCGGGACAAAUGGGUUUGGUUGUCUUUUGGGGGGUGAAAACCAUCAUGGUGUGGCCGCGAGUACCAACGCAGUUGUUUUCGUGUCCUCUAGCGAUCGAACCAGAGGAAACAUGAAUGCCCGAAUUUCGCUUGCCUGGGUCCAGACCAGAGACACUGGGCAAGCCGCUGUUUGACUUGACGGCUCGUCGCAACUUUUAAGAAUUGCACCUUUCAAGGGUAACUCUAUCAAACCAAUGACCCUGAAACACUGCGCCUCAACACAGGAUGGAUGCCAGUUUGCAUUACUUUAUCCAAAGAACGCAAAAGCGGAGCAAAAGUGCAUGGAAUCAUUUGCCCCCAGUUCUUGGCUUUUUCACCACAUCAUCUCUGAAAAUGUAUCUAGUUCCCUGCUGGAGCCCUACUAGACCCAUAGAUGACUCCAUUUUGUGGGAAACUGGCCAUACGUGUACUCCGUUGGGCCAUUGGGGGGUUGGCCUCGAGCUACUAGUGGCAGUGCAGAAGAAAAGGUGCAGGUCUGUUUGCAAUCUUCGUUAUGAAAGAAUUUGCGCGGCUCUACCCAAGGUGAAGUCUACUCCAGAGCAGCUCUAGAUUGUAUCAUAUGCAUCCAUUAUAGUUUACAGAUACGCUACAAACCCUGUUCUUGAUGUUUGUGGGUGCAUUGCGGUAUGGGUGGUAUGUCGUCCGCCCCAGCUUCCUCGUCUCGGAGCUUUUUGUUGGCCCCCCUCGCACUGUUGUGCGCUGGCGUCUUGACGAUCAAGGUGAGAUCGUUCGUUGCCCGUCCAGCAAUCCAUCGUUUGUGGACGUGUGGUCAUCAUCGUCCUCAAAAUUCAGGUGACAACUACUGCUGAUGUGGGUAGUGGCUGUAUUGGUCGAAGAAUGGAAAUGCUUGCACAGAAGAUCAGGGUUGCUCUCGUUUGCAAACUCUGUAAUGUUGUCCUCGUUGCCAUCCAAGCAGAAGCUUGAUUUGCUCUCAUGCAAUCCCUGCAACGAUUCCUUCUUCCCACAUUUUAGAGACAUCAUGGUUUGGAACUCGUCAAAACAGAUCUCGCCAUCGCCAUUGCCAUCCACCUGGGCAAGGAUUGCAUUGAUUGCCUCUUCAUCGAUCACUUCAUUGCCUUCGCACGCCCCAAAGAUUUGCUUGAGCUCAUUUUCUGAGAUGCUGCCCGAUCUGUCAAUGUCAAACUCAUCAAAAGCUGCCCGCAAUCGCUUCUCUUGGAGACCGUCUGUUUGCAUCAGACAGACGCAGACAAAUUCCGAGUAGGAAAUAGCUCCAGAGUGACUAAAGUUGACUUUUUCAAACAGAUCAUCAACCUCCACCUCGGAAAGUUUCUUCUUGUAAAAGUCAGCAAAUCCUUUUUGGACUUCAUCCUUUGUUAGUUGACCGCUGCAGUCAGCAUCCAGCACCCGAAAGAUUUCAUCGAUCUCAGCUCGUGCUUCCUUGGACAUGAGCUGGCUGGACAACAAAGCAUAAGUGGCUUGCUUGAGUUUGGAGUUGGCUUCAAAAGACUCCAUUCCUUGCAAGGCUUCUUCAAUGCUGCUCCUUCGCCGGGCAUCAGAGAAAGCCGCCUGCUUGGAGGCUUCUCGCCCUUUAACAAGCCAUGGGUGCUUUAGAGCCUCCGACGCAGAGGGCCGUUGACCUUCGUCAUAGGUCAAAAGACAUUCAAUGAAAUCCUUAGCUUCCUCUGAAAUGCCAUCCCAAACCUCAUCAUAGAAAUCAAAGGAACCUUCAUGGAUCAUGUCCAUCAUUUCUUCUGUGGUGUCUCCAUCAAAUGGAGCAUAUCCAGACAGAGCAACAUAGGCAACAACACCACAGCUCCAAAUAUCAGCCUUGUUGGUAUAGUCGCCCUCUAGAACCUGAGGGGAUAUGUAGUAGGGAGAACCAAAGACAUCAGUCAUAGGCCCAUCAUUCGGAUUGUGGUGAGUUGCCAAUCCAAAGUCAAUAAGCUUGAUGUCCUCCCAUUUUCCAUUGUCGCACAACAAGAUAUUUUCAGGCUUGAGGUCACGGUGGCAGAUGCCAUGCUGGUGACAGUAAGUUAUACAAGACAGCAAGUGGUUCAUCAAGGCUGCGGCAUCUUCUUCCA